GGAGCGGCGAGCGCCAUCUUGGGGGCGCGACGGGACCGACGCGUCUUCUCCCUUUUUUUCCUUCUUCCCCCCUUGCUUUGCCGCCCCUAUUGUUAUUUUUGCACGGCGCGUUUUUCGCCGAUCCCGCGACUCGACGCGACUCCUCCGUCUUCGCGCGCCUCGAUGCCGACCGCCGUCCGAGUCGCUUGAUCGGGAGGGACGGUCGCGAGCUCUCGACGCGACACCGAGGGACGAGGAUAGGUUAGGACAGCCGUCCGCUGUCGUCGCCGCGAUGGACCUGUCCAAGGUGCCGAACGAGAAGAAGCUGCACCUCUGCAAGUGGUACUUUCGCGUUGGUUUCGCGCUACUGCCGUUCCUGUGGGCCGUGAACGCGGUCUGGUUCUCGAAGGAGGCCUUCGUAGCACCGCCUUACGAGGAGCAGAAGCAGAUCAAGAGAUAUGUGGUCCUCUCCGCCAUCGGAGCAACCCUCUGGGCAGCCAUCCUGGUGGCUUGGAUAAUCAUCUUCCAAACCCAGAGAGCCGCGUGGGGCGACUUCGCCGACGCCAUCAGCUACAUAAUUCCCACCGGCAUCCCUUGAGCUUAAUACUUGACGACUGGUACGGAAUAAUUUAUCACGGAAGUGUGCAUUGAACAAAUGUAUAUUAAACUUUGUAAUAUAUUUACGUCAUAAUAUAAUUGUGAGUUCGUGUGGUAACAUCUGACAUUUAGCGUACGCAAUAAAAAAAUAGCUUCUUACA